CGCAACAGCGGCUGAAUGAAGUUCAGCAGAUCUGAGAAUUUUUAAGGCAUCGGCAGAUUCGUAUUAAAGUAUUUUCUUACAUCGGCAAUGAAUGAAGCCCAUUUCAAGCGUGUGUAGAGUCGUGACUCGGUGUUUCGGGUGUAUGUUGUCACAGUUUGAGUUGUUGUCGUGCUGCGUAGACGAAGUUUAGUUGUUUUUGGACAUUUUACUUGGCUAAAACCUGCUAUUUACUAAUUUUACACAUUCUUAAGCAAAAUAGAGACGCAUGGUACCUGUGGAUUGUUUUGAGGUCAUGCAGCAUGUUUACACACAAAUCUACGGGACUGGAUUGACAGUGCAUUGCAUUAGAUGGGGUCUGUACAGCAGGGUCAGUGGGGUGUCAUUCAGACUAGAGAGCAUUUAAUGCACAUUCAGUUCCUGUAAACUGGGUUUAUUGGAUAGAGCUGCUUUGGAAAUGUCGGCGAUAUCUGCGUCGGAGAAAGUGGACGGAUUCACGCGGAAAUCAGUGAGGAAGGCUCAGAGACAGAGGAUUUGUCAGGGGUCGUCACAGUUUGCGAUGAACAGCAGCAGGCCUGCGGCUCCGGAGAUCUCUGCGCUCCCGCAGCUCAAAGAUGCGUCCUCUACAGAGCAGCAUGAGCUGUUCGUGCAGAAACUACGGCAGUGCUGUGUAUUGUUCGACUUCUUGGACUCCGUCACUGACCUAAAGUGCAAAGAGAUCAAACGAGCAACUCUCAGUGAACUCGUGGAGUAUGUGUCUAUCAACAGAGGCGUGCUAGUAGAACCCGUCUAUCCUGAGAUCACCACCAUGGUUAGCACAAAUAUAUUCAGAGCGCUUCCACCCAGUGAAAACCCAGACUUUGACCCAGAAGAAGAUGAACCCACCCUAGAAGCCUCCUGGCCUCACGUGCAGUUGGUCUAUGAGUUUUUCCUUCGGUUCCUUGAAAAUCAAGACUUCCAACCAAGUACUGCCAAACGUUACAUUGACCAGAAGUUUGUGCUACAGCUCUUGGAACUGUUUGACAGUGAAGAUCCUCGUGAGAGAGAGUUCUUAAAAACGAUUCUGCAUCGCAUCUAUGGGAAAUUUCUGGGUUUGCGUGCCUUUAUUCGGAAACAGAUCAACAACAUUUUUCUGAGAUUCCUCUAUGAAACUGAGCACUUUAAUGGAGUUCCCGAAUUUUUAGAGAUUCUGGGCAGUAUCAUCAAUGGCUUUGCUCUGCCACUGAAGGCUGAACACAAGCAGUUCCUGAUGAAGAUUCUCAUUCCUCUGCACACUGCCAAAGGACUAGCACUGUUCCACGCACAGCUGGCUUACUGUGUGGUUCAGUUCAUAGAGAAGGAUCCCACCCUCACUGAGGCGGUUAUUCGAGGUCUUCUUAAAUUUUGGCCCAAGACAUGCAGUCAGAAAGAGGUCAUGUUUCUAGGGGAAAUUGAAGAGAUCCUGGAUGUUAUUGAACCCACCCAGUUCAAGAAGAUUCAGGAGCCCUUAUUUAAACAAAUCUCUAAAUGUGUAGCCAGUCCACAUUUUCAGGUAGCAGAACGAGCACUGUACUUCUGGAACAAUGAAUACAUUUUGAGUCUGAUUGAAGAGAAUAAUGCCAAAAUCCUGCCCAUCAUGUUUGGAAGCUUGUACCGGAUCUCCAAAGAACACUGGAACCCGACGAUCGUGGCCCUGGUAUACAAUGUAUUAAAAACACUGAUGGAGAUGAACAGCAAACUGUUUGAUGAACUGACAGAUUCAUACAAAUCCGACAGACUACGAGAGAAGAAGAAAGAGCAAGAACGAGAGGAACUGUGGAGGAAGCUGGAUGAACUGAGACUGAAAGAGACAUCAAAGUUUCAGAAUAACAGACAUGAGAUCCAGUUUACCUACAACAACAAUAACAACAACCUUCAUGACAAGGAUGAAAACACUGCAGCAGCCAUUACUGACAGUGUUGAGAGCACCACCUGGGCAAAAUGACACGGGCUGUUUUGUUUUCACUACCCAGUAUUUUGGUGGUUUAUAGAUGUAAGCUGCUGUCAAGAGCAUUAUGGACAUGGACCUUGUGUGAGAAAUAAUCUUUAUAUUUUUAAGCGAACACAUUUAAAAAAACAACUUUUUGGUCAAAAGUCUAUAUAAACGAAAUCAAAAUGCUAUUUUUUGGGGGAAAUGGAUCAUAUAUUUUAUAUAUAUAAGUUUAUUUUGGAAGUGAGGGUAUUGAAAUGUCCCAACACUUUUGUUUAAUCAGAGACUUAUACCUCUCAUCUGUAGAGACAGCAGGCACAACUAAUGUCUUUUAAGGUAUAUCCUGCUUAUCAGGCCCAGUGGGAUAGGGGGACCAUAAAGUUUAGCAGCGACCCUGUCUGUAGGCUAUAUUUACAUAUACACUGAUGAUCCAAAACAUUACGACCACCUGACUAAUAUGCUGUUGGUCCUUAACGUUUCCCCAAAACAGCACUGACCCACCGAGGCAUGGACUCUACAAGACCCCUGUAGGUGUCCUGUGGUAUCUGGCACUAAGAAAUUAGCUGCAGAUCCUUAAAGUCCUGUAAAGCCGGGUUCUCAUUACAUGACUCUCAGACUACCUGAAUCGCAGUACUGCUCGCAUUACACAACAAGGUUUGUUGUCAUCUGUUGUCUUCUUGACUUAAUUAUGAUCAAAUUGUGACUUUCCAUUGUUGUACAUAAAGAUGUUUGAUAAGAUGUGAUUUGCUGGAGCAAUUCGCACUUGUCGUGGCAUCGCUCACACUACAAAAUCAUGUGGAGAUCAAGCAUGGUAUGUAAAGCAUCUUUGACUUCACAAGACUGGCUCAGAUCACUUCGCUGAAACAUACAUAACGAGCAUUGCCGACCAUAUUGAGCACCCAUUUGGCGGUGAUCCGGCGUUUUGGUCGCAGGUGGAUCCGCCAUGGAUCGGACCUGUUGGGACAGCACAUCCCAUAGAUGCUUAAUCAGAUUGAGAUCUGGGGAAUUUGGAGGCCAGGGUAAACCUUGAACUCUUCAUCAUGUUCUUCAAACAUUCCCAAACAAUGUGUGCUGUGUGGCAGGGUGCAUUUUCCUGCUGAAAGAGGCCAUUGCCAUGAAGGUGUGUACCUGGUCUGCAACAAUGUUAAGGUUGGUGGCACGUGUCAAACUGACGUCCACUUGAAUGGCCGCACCCAGGGUUUCCCAGCAGAACAUGGCCCAGAGCAUCACUCUCCCUCCACUUGUCGUCUUCCCACAGUGCAUCCUGGUGCCAUCACUUUCACAGGUAAAUGGCGCACACAUGAUAUCAAAGAAUACAGGACUCAUUGGACCAAGCCACCUUCUUCCAAUGCUUCAAGGUCCAGGUCCGACACUCACUUACCCAUUAUAGCCUCUUUCGAAGGUGGACAGGGGUCAUCAUCGACACUCUGACCGGUCUGCGCCUACGCAGCAGGGUGCGAUGCACUGUGUUGUGACACAUUCCUCACGUAACCACCAUUAACAUUUUUUGUGACUUGUGCCACAGUAGACCUUCUGUCGGUUUGGACCAGACAGGAUAUCCUUUGUUGCCCUCUUGCGUCGAUGAGUCUUGGCCGCUCAACACCCUGUCACCGGUUUGUGGUUUGUCCUUCCUCGGACCACUGUCAGUAGGUAUUCACUACUGCUGACCGGGAGCACCCCACAAGCCUUGCUGUUUCAGAGAUGCUCUGACCCAGUCAUCUGGCCAUAACAAUUUGGCCCUUGUCAAAGUCACUCAGGUCUUUACUCCUGCCCAUUUCUCCUGCAUUCAACACAUUGACUAUGAGAACUGAUUUUUCAUUCGCCAUCUAAUAUACCCAGACCUUGACAUGUGGCCUCAACGUUAUUCGCUUCACCUGUGAGUGGUCAUAAUGUUUUGGCUCAUCGGUGACUUGAAAUUUAAAAAAAAUCGGUUUAUAAGUUCUAUAAAGGUGCAAGUCCCCAAAAACACCAAAGGGCCGUUUACACUGAAUGUGUUUUAUUGUGUCAGCCUACACUGUUUUUAAAUUGUUUUUCAAUGUAAACAUGUGCUAGACGGACUUCUUGGACUGUUGUACCACAUCUUGCAGUUUUUUCAGCACAAUGUGCAGGAGUGCCGUGUUUUUAAGAUACUGUUAUGAAACUAAAAUAACUUCAACUUUUAAAAAUGCGUUCAGAGACACCUGCACAGUGCAUUCUGUCUGUACCGUCCCUAACAUGAUUAAAGAAAAACAAAAAACAUGCACGUUUAUUGAUGCCUAUAGUUGACAUGAUGCAUUAAUUAUUACAUUUGACCACUCCCUGAAAGUGUCAAAAUUCAGCCUUAGAAAGGCUCCCAGAAAUGCGAAACUCUGAUUUAAGUUUUCGUUAAAAAUAAAUAAAUAGAUGCAAGAUGAACUGCUCUUGCUAGUAACAUUUGUUUUUAAAUGACAUUUUAAAUACAGAGUUUAAUUAGAAACCCAUUGCUUUCUGGAACACUUGGGCCCACUGGCUAUACAUUUUGCAGUACUGGACUAAUUCUUAAGUGUUACGUAACUCAGGGAUAUCCUAACAUUCCCCAACUACAAUAAGAAUAAUGGCAAAGAGUAUUUCCUCCCGCUCCAAAUAGAUAUUUCCUAAUAUUUUCCUAACAUAAGUUGUGUAGAUAAGCAAUAUGGUAGAUAAAACUCCUUGACAUUCCAUUCAAUAUUCAAGCAGUUUUUUAUUUUGCUUCAACCAAAAAAAAAGUCUUGUCGCUAUGCAGUUAUGCUAUUAUAAUUUCUUGUAUUAAGAAAUCUUUUGUUUUGCUGAAAAUUGUGUUUUUGCUGUGAGAGUGUGUAAAAGAAGCUUGUUGUAAUGUGCUAUAUGCAUUAAAAUGCCAGGCUGAUGAUUAUUA